UUCCUGUCCGUGUGUGGUUUGGGAGGGGACUUUUUGUUCUCGGAGGCAUCGAAGGGUUAACUUCGAAGAAUUUGUUGUGACCACCCAACGCACACCACGAUUCCACCUUGACAUCCACACACACACACACACACACACACACGCAUUCGGCAAGAAGCGUGGAAGUUUGGAUUGUUUUCCGCCUGUUGGGGUGAGCGAACGUUGCCAAGCUGUCAGAAUGGAGGAGGAGAAAAAACCAUCUUGUAACAUCAAGAUAUUUGUGCUGUGUCACAGUCUGCUCCAGCUCACCCAGUUGCUGCACAGUGCCUACUUCAAGAGCUGCAUCACCACCAUUGAACGGCGCUUCGGUUUCAACAGCAUGUCUAUGGGCACCGUCUCCUCUCUGCACGAGAUGGGGAACAUGGUGCUGGUGGUGUUUGUCAGUUACUUUGGGAGCCGGGUCAACCGGCCUCGUUUCAUUGGCUUUGGGGGGCUGCUCAUGUCCUGUGCUGCUGCCACCUUGGCCCUACCUCACUUCCUGUCCAAGCCCUACCAGUACCACUCUAUGUCAGCUGCCGGUGGGUCAUGGGACAUGUGUGUUCCAAGGGAGAAUUCCUCUGCCCCUGAAGUGUGCAGACAGGGGGGCGCUGGGGACCCCUCUGAGGCGCGGACCCAGUGGCUGACCUUGGCAGCUUCCCAGGUGCUGUUUGGCAUUGGCUCGGUGCCCAUCCAGCCCUUUGGCAUCUCCUACAUAGAUGACUUUGCUGAGCCUGGCAAUUCAGCUCUUUACAUUGCCAUCCUGUUCUCCAUCUCUGUGUUUGGGCCAGCCUUUGGGUACCUCCUGGGUUCCAUGAUGCUCCGAAUCUAUGUAGAUGUGGACAAGAUAGGUUUAGACAGUCCAUUGGACCUAACCCCGUCUGACCCUCGCUGGGUUGGGGCAUGGUGGAUGGGCCUGCUGGUCUCCUCUGGAUGUCUGGCUCUGGCCUCCAUCCCCUACUUCUUCUUCCCCAGAGUCAAGGUACCGGCCCAGGCCAAAGCACCUAAGACUAAAAGUGACCCUUUGAAAGACGAGACCUCUUCAGAGACCUCUUUAAUUGACUUCUUAAAGAUGUUCCCGCGUCUGCUCCUGAGGAUUCUGCUGCGGCCCGUCUUCCUGCUGCUGAUCCUGUCUCAGUGCUGUUUCUCCUCCUCCAUCGCCGGCCUCGCCACAUUCCUCAGCAAGUUCCUGGAGCACCAGUACGGCACUACCGCCGCCUACAGCAGCUUACUCAUCGGGGCCAUCAACCUGCCCAUGGCUGCUGUAGGGCUGCUGCUGGGCGGGGUGGUGAUGAAGUGUGUACGACCACCUGUGCGGACCCUUCUCUGGCUGUGUUUGGCACCUCUCUCCCUCUCCAUACUGCUCUGUGUACCUCUCUUCUUCAUGGGCUGUUCCACUCAGAGAGUGGCGGGGGUCAACACAGGCUACGGUGACACACAGGACCAGUGGACUAAUAGGUCUCUAUCUCUCUGUAACUCCAACUGUUCCUGUCUGAAUAACGUGUUUAACCCCGUGUGUGGAGAGGACAACACAGAGUACAUCUCUCCCUGUCACGCUGGCUGCACCGAUGUCUCCGUCGACACACUAAACCCUCACAGAGUCCAGACUUACACCAUGUGUAGCUGUGUGACCGCUCUGUCUGCUGUGCCCGAUGGCGCGGCUGGUAUGGGGAUGGGCAGGGCCCUCCCAGGUUCUUGCACCAAGAGCUGCCCUCACCUCGUCCUGCCUGCCGUUCUCCUCAUCGCCUUCGCUGGCUUCAUUGCCAGCCUCUCCCACAACCCCAUCUAUAUGAUGGUGCUCAGGACAGUCUUUCAAGAGGAGAAAUCCUUCGCAAUUGGAGUCCAGUUCCUGCUGAUAAGAAUGCUAGCCUGGCUGCCAGCCCCUGCUGUGUUUGGGCUGGCCAUUGACUACUCCUGUGUCUGGUGGAAGCACGCCUGUGGGAAAAAACAGGGCGCCUGUGGUUACUACGACAACAACAUCCUUCGGAACAGGUACUUUGGGCUGCAGUUGGGUUAUAAGUGCCUGGGGUUGGUGCUGCUAGCCCUGGCAGGCUGGAGAGUACAGCACACGCCUUGUCUGAGUAUUGAGAAGGAGCCAGGGGUGCCGGUGUGAGAGGCCAGCACUGACCCUGAGGGGCCACUGGGGAAAGGGUCAAGACCAUUGGUUCUUACGGCUCAAGUUAGAGCACAAUACGGGCAACACGAAAGGUUGCAGGUUCAAUUCCCGCAUCGGCCAAUUAAACUGAGUAUGUGUCGCCGUUAACGACAGCUGUCUUAGUCGCUAUGGAUAAAAGUGUCUGCUAAAUGUUAUUAUUAUCUAGUAUCAACACUGAAAGUGGUUUAUUUUGGACUAUAAUCAAAAUUGACAUAGUUUCUUCCAUUAUUUUAAGGGCCUUUUGAUAACUUCAUAUGCUACUUUGAUAAAGGAAUGUUUUUGGUUUGCUUAUCAUGAAAACCUGUAUACACUACUGUUUUAUUGUGCAGUAUUUACAUUGUUUUUAUGUGUAUAAAUGACACUAUUUGUGAAUGAAUCUGAAUGUCAUAUUACUAUGACAAAUGGUUUAUAACACAUUCUGUUUGAAAAUAAAACUUAAC